UUGCCAUCGAGGCGGCUGGCCGGAGUGGUGGAACCGACCGCCCUACCUAGUUGCUGAAGCCUUUCACAGCUUAAAACGGCCCGGCAAACCUGCAAGUUCCUAGGACUAGGGUUUAGGUAGGUACCUACCUACUUCGCGCGCCCGAUGCGAGCGCCGAUGGUGGAAGCGGGAAUUUAGGAAACGCGCUCGGCGGCUCUCACGGGAUCAGCUUUUGGAGGUCUCCGAGGUAGAGACACUAUAGAAAGCCUAAGCUUCAGGCGGCGGGCCGCGACAAAGACCCCGUCUCCUGCCACUCGUCCCCCAAAGGAGACAUCGGCCCGUCACCUGACAGAGCGCAGCCAAUUGGCCGCUCUCCCCCUCUUCCCGUCGUCCUGAGAACCUUUUGGGGUGCGCCUUCGUGUGCGGCGCAACCAUGCUGCGAUCAGUAGCACCUGCGGCGGCCGGCCAAGCUAGGAGCCUGCUGGGGCCGAGGACCGCUCCACGGCUGCUCGACACGUGCAAAUCUGCCUUCUCCUCAUCCUCCACAUCGUCGUCAUAUGCCCCAUCGAGGCCUCUUCUCAGCAGCAGCACCUACAGCAACCCCCCCCUGUGCUUCCAGAGAAACCUGCACGCCACAUCGACGAGAAUGGCUGCCAACACCAGAACCGAGAGCGACGCCUUUGGCGAGAUCCAGGUGCCCGCCGGCAAGUAUUGGGGUGCCCAGACGGAGCGCUCCCUCUCCAACUUCCGCAUCAACCAACCCCAGGACCGGAUGCCGCCUCCGAUUGUGAAGGCGUUCGGUAUAUUGAAAGGCGCUGCUGCCACCGUUAAUAUGCGGUACGGACUGGAUGAGAAAAUUGGCAAGGCCAUCCAGCAGGCUGCCGCCGAGGUGGCCGACCUCAAGCUCCUCGACCACUUCCCCCUCGUUGUCUGGCAGACCGGCUCCGGCACCCAGUCCAACAUGAACGCCAACGAGGUCAUCUCAAACCGAGCCAUCGAGAUCCUCGGCGGCGUCAAGGGCAGCAAGAAGCCGGUCCACCCGAACGAUCACGUCAACCGCUCGGCUUCGUCGAACGAUACCUUCCCCACCGUCAUGCACAUCGCCGCCGUCCUCGAGAUCGAAGGGAAGCUGUUGCCUUCUCUCAAGAGCCUUCGCGAUGCGCUGCAGAAGAAGGUCGACGACUUCAACGCCAAGAACAUUAUCAAGAUUGGAAGGACCCACCUUCAGGAUGCCACCCCCCUGACUCUAGCCCAAGAGUUCUCGGGGUACGUAGCUCAGCUGGACUUUGGCAUCAAGCGAGUGGAGAGCUCCUUGCCGGAUCUGCGGCUCCUCGCCCAGGGCGGCACUGCCGUCGGCACGGGCAUCAACACCUUCGAGGGCUUCGCGGAGGCGAUCGCCGCCGAGGUCAGCAAGAUGACAGGAACCGAGUUCAAGACGGCGCCGAACAAAUUCGAAGCGCUCGCCGCGCACGAUGCCAUCGUUCAGGCCUCGGGGUCCCUCAACACCCUAGCUGCGUCGCUCACCAAGAUCGCUCAAGAUAUCCGAUAUCUUGGUAGCGGUCCUCGCUGCGGUCUCGGCGAGCUGAUCCUGCCGGAGAACGAGCCGGGCUCGAGCAUUAUGCCGGGCAAGGUCAACCCGACCCAAUGUGAGGCAUUGACGAUGGUCUGCGCUCAGGUGAUGGGUAACCACGUCGCCACGACGAUCGGCGGCAUGAACGGCCAGUUCGAGCUCAACGUCUACAAGCCCCUCGUCAUCCGGAACCUGCUGCACAGCGUGAGGAUCUUGGCGGACGGCAUGCGCUCGUUCGAGAAGAACCUGGUGGAGGGCCUGCAGGCCAAUGAGGAGAAGAUAGCUAGCAUCAUGAAGGAAUCGCUUAUGCUCGUUACCUGCCUCAACCCCAAGAUUGGCUACGACAUGGCAUCCAAGGUGGCUAAGAACGCGCACAAGAAGGGCCUGACCCUGAAGGAAAGCGCAAUGGAGCUCGACGCCCUCACCUCGGACGAGUUCGACACCCUCGUCAAGCCGGAGCUCAUGGUCGGGCCAAAGCCUUACAAGGGUUAGACACCGGCAUUAGGCAGUCGAACCCGCGGUACAUUACGUCCAAGGCGAGCUAGGCGAGCUCGACAAGCUCGACAAGGAAACUAACCACUAGCUUGUCGCCGCCAAUCGCGCCAAUGAUAGACCAAUGCGUCUCUAGCAAGACCCCACGAGAAGGGUCGGUGGCGGCGCCAGUCUUACUGUGCACGCAGACAGAGUACGGCGCGAGUGUACAUAGAACCUUGUAAUAAAAAAAAAGAGGGAAAGAAAGAAAUAGAAGAUGAAGGUAUUGCCGAUAUUCGACAACCUUACCGACUAACUCGUAAAAACCCGAGGCUCAGGGGGGAGGUUAGACGGAGCCGAUACGAAGAACAAAGGGUUAACCCGCUCGUUGACUCCGUCCGUGCUAACAGCAUCGAUCAGAGCGCCCCUGCGACGGAGAUUGAGCUACCUAUGUACAUACGCUAGUAGGUGAGCAAGUAGGGAAUGGAGUUCUCGUCGAUGUGGACG